GGCGAGGAUUGAGGGGUGGGGCAUGCGUGAUAGGGCGAGGUGCGGCCGCACGAGGAGGCGCAUGCGCGCUAGGACCACCGUGGCAGCUUGAGGGAGGCCUAGUGGCCUGUCCGGGGCAAAGGCUCCCGCUCUCCACACCCCUUUGCCAGACAUGCAUUGUCCUUAGGAAAACUUAAAUGGAAAAGCAUCAGCUGGAGAUUUCUCCUUUAUAAAGUGGAAUACGUCUGCUUAAUGUGAAGGAUGAACAUGCCACGUAGGGACUUAAUAUGAAUGGCAAAGGCCUGUCACCAUGAGUCCGGCAUCUCAUUAGUCAUCCUAGACCUCCCCCAGAGUUUUAUGACUGACAAGAUGCAGAUACUACGACACUCCGAACACACACUGAAAACAGCUCUCCUCUCAAAGAACCCGGUGCUCGUGUCACAGUAUGAGAAGUUAGAUGCAGGGGAGCAACGGUUAAUGAAUGAAGCCUUCCAGCCACGCAAUAAUCUGUUUGAACCCAUUACUGUGCACUCACAGUCAGACUGGAUCUCUUCCCACCCCGAGGCUCCCCAAGACUUUGAACAGUUUUUCUCUGACCGCUACAGAAGGGUUCCCUGUCCAAAGAAACACACUAUCUACAUUCAGUCCAUUGGCUCUCUAGGCAACACCAGAGUGAUCAGUGAAGAAUAUAUUAAAUGGCUCAAGGGCUACUGUGAAGCAUUUUUCUAUGGUUUGAAGGUGAAGUUCUUAGAACCAGUUUCAGUGUCUGCAACCAAGUGUUCCUUUAGAGUGAAUGAGCACACACAAAACCUACAAAUCCACACAGGGCAUAUCCUGGCAUUCUUGAAAAAGAAUAAACCGGAAGAUGCCUUCUGCAUCAUGGGGAUAACAAUGAUCGAUCUCUACCCUCGGGACUCAUGGAACUUCGUCUUCGGACAGGCCUCCUUGUCAAGUGGUGUGGGCAUAUUCAGUUUUGCAAGGUAUGGCAAGGAUUUCUACACCUCGAAAUAUGAAGGCAGUGUGAAGACUCCACAUCUAACAUCUUCCAAUGACUAUUCCAUUUUUGAUAACUAUUAUAUCCCUGAAAUCACUAGUGUUUUGCUGUUGCGAUCCUGUAAGACUUUAACCCAUGAGAUUGGACACAUACUUGGACUUCGACAUUGCCAGUGGCUUGCGUGCUUAAUGCAAGGCUCCAAUCACUUGGAGGAAUCUGACCGGCGUCCUCUAAAUGUUUGCCCUAUCUGUUUACGGAAGCUGCAGAGUGCUAUUGGCUUCAAUAUUGUGGAA